AUGCAGCCAAGGGAGAGUGGUAGCUCAUCAAAACUUGAUCGAAAUAAAAUUGAGAAAAGCCGAAGAUUGCAACUCAAAGAUCUCUAUUCCAAGCUUGGUUCUCUCAUCCCUAACCAAGCCUCAGAGAAAGGACUGCCAUUACGUGAUAUGUUGGAGCAAGCCACCAAGUAUGUGGUGGAGCUGAAACAGAAUGUGGAGGAGCUGAAGCAGAGGAAGGCGGCCCUCAAAGGCGAUGAGGGUGGUUCUAAGGACGAGAGGUUUCCGGUCUUGAUAGUACGACACAUGGGUUCAACUUUGGAGGUGAAUUUGUGUAACAAUCCUGUCCUGUACUAUGUUAAUUAA